UACCUAUUUUAUUUUUUUUUUAUGUUACAAUUGUUUAUUUGUAAAUUACUAAAUUACACGGUUAUACCGCCAAACCAGCCAUUCAACGUUAUUAAUCUUUAUUCUUUAAUCAAUAAGUAAUCGAUAUUGGAAUUUCCAUUUUUUAUACUAAACAAUUUCUGACUUAUACUGACUACUGCUAAAGCAAAACAAAAUAUUAUUUUACAUUUUUCUAUCUAAGAAGUAUUUGUCAUUUUGUAAACACACAACAGUGACUAACUGACAAUUCAAUCAAAUUAUUAUUGAAAUAAACAUGGACACUCAAAAAACACUGGAUUGUUUCAUUAAGAGUAGAAAAAGACCCACCACUGAAGAUGGUUACCAUAAAAAGGAACUUAUGAAUAACACAUCUGCAAUACAUAAACCAACUAGAAAAUUAUCAUUCGAUUGUUCUAUGCAGCAAACAAUUAAAAAACAAAAGGUCGAUUUUGAUAUAACAAAAUCAAUUUUCCGAAAUAAUGUAAAUGCUGAUGUUAAUAAUGGAGUAGCUGAAAACUUUUUGGAAAAAAAAAAGACUGAAAUUAAACAUGACAUUUAUUCAGAAAGAGCUACAACUCCAACAACUCCAGAUCAGACACCAUCAAUUAAAGCCAAAUUACGUAAAGAAUUGGAUUUGGGUGAAUUUCGCAAAAUUGUUCGCCGAAAGCAGAACUUUAAAAAAUUGCGAGAAUUAAUCAAUGAGGUAGAUCAAUCUCAAAUUGCUUUUAACUCAGCUAAAUCUAAAGUAGAAGAUGCCAAAAGUCAUUACUUAUCCUCGUUUAAAUCAGUUGAUCGCUUGGUUAAUACUAGCCCAAAAAAAGUUGUGUCAAGUCCUAUAAAAAGAUCUCAACUUAAACCUUCAUCCUUAUUUCUCAGCCCAGCACAAUCUAUCAUUGGUUCAAAGAGUAUAAUGACACAACCUACAGAAGAUGUUUCGUCAAGAAAAUUAAUGAAUGAAGUUGGAUCUCUUAUGGCUUUUUCACCAUCAAAAAAAUAUGCUGCAUUGGCUGAUUCUAAAACAUUACCUUUGCCUUUAAAGUACCGUAUUUUGGCUGAAUUAUUCAAAGCCAUGGAAACUGUUUCGUCUAUGAUGUUUACUAGAAAAGAAAAGAUAACAUUUAAUAAACUCAAACGUGGUGUUCAACACAUGACUAGAAAAAAUUUCACUGAACUACACUUGGCACAAAUUAAAACUGUAGUACCAGAUUUAUUCAAGUUUGCAUUAGUAAAAUCAUCAAAAGAGAAAUUGCGUUAUGAAUUAGUAAUAAUUCCAAAUUAUGGCUCAAAAUAUGAAGAUUGCAUUGACUUAAUUGAUCAAACAAUUCGAAGAAAAAAGAUAUUUUCUGACGCACUGCUUGAUAUUAUGAAGGAUCAUCACGAAAAAUAUUUGAACACAUUAAUUCCACCAAUUGUGAUUGACAAAAAUAAAAUUACUAGAUGGCAUCCUGAGUUUAAUGUUGAAACUGUAACGGAUAUUAUUCCUUCAGCUUUACCCAAAAUYGAAAUCACUAAACCUAAAAUAGAAACUGCGAAAGAUUUAUUGGAUAAAUCCCAUGAAUUAUUUUCUUACAACAACCGUUUGAAUCGGACUCUUAUAACAAUGAACAAUGAAAAUAAAAUUAUAACUGAUAAAAAAUUUUCUUCGACAGAUGCAAAAAAUGCAUUAAAAAAAGCACUCAAAGGAAUUCCUAAAUCAUUUUUACUAAAGAUUCAAGAAAAGCAAACAGAAAAAGCAAAAGAGUUGAUGACGCGAUCAUUGGGUCAGUUAGAUAAGGAUAGAAUGAUGAAUAGAUUACCAGAUAUUGSAAGAAGUAUGCGCACUUAUUUCGUACAACUUCAGASAAAUGUUAUGCCAGUCAAAAAAGUCAUUGAUCAAUUAAAGCAGAGUUAUCCUGAAACUAUGACAGACGAGGAAUGGAAAGCUCACUUUAAUCUACUCCAAGAAAAACUACCUCAUUGGAUUGUAAUAAAAGCUUUUGAAGGAAUUGAACAUAUUCGUAUUAAUAAAAAAGUUGAAUUUGAAGAAACUGUAAUUAAAACAUUAAAAAAAAAUUUUAAUUUAUAAGA